GUGAUUUCUCAGUGUCGUGAUUUGCUCGCUUAUUCCCCAUUCAUCUCAUUCUCCAACAUCUCGCUCUCUCUCUCUCUCUCUCUCGAUCCCAAUCACUACUCCAUCUCCAUCUCCAUCUCCAUCUUUGCUCACUCUUUCCAGUCCAAUUUAUGCCUGGAAAAUUUUGAGGGUCCUUCUGGUUUAUUGAGUAGUAGUGGAGUCUGCGAUCAAGCAUGAUAAAUGGCCUUGUAAUUUUUUGCUGAGUGAAGUUUGUCGUGCAGUCUCUGGAGAACUAAGUGAUGUUAGAUAUUUUGGUUACUGCCUCGCCUCCUUGGUCAUUUACUUAUACCUAACCCAUAAUAGUUAUAAUCAAGAUGAGUGAUGCUGUUGAUGAGCAGUCAUCUUCCUCAGGUAAUAGGAUGAAGAAGCAAGAGGUGUCCAAGUUCCCUUUAAGUAAAGAUAGUGCUUUAGGGUGUGACCUCUGGACAGAUGGGCUCAUUUGUGCUUUUGAAUUUAUUAGAGGCCACAGGUUGACUCAUAAAUCUGGUACAAGAGUAAUGCAGCAAAGAGACAAGCAAGAUAGAAACAAGCAAACUUAUAGAUCUGGACUGAGUAAUGUUUCUGCUCAAACCAUUAAGGGCAAUAGCUUGCCAGAAUCCACAUCUCUCAUUGACUUAAAUAACAGUACAACAAUCUCAGAUUCUGAUGAAAUUGUUCAUCCUGAUGAGAACAAAGAAAACCAUAAGAAUGUUAAGGAUCUAUCUCAUAGCCAUUGGAUCCCUAUUGGAUGGGCUAGGAUUUCAGAACUUGUUCAGAUGGUUCAAACAGAUGCUAGCUGGAAUUCUUGUCAGAUUGAUUUCACUGAUGAAGAGGAUGACAUUACUGUAGCUGAUGUUGCUGCUCCAUACUGGGAGCGCCCAGUUGGUCCAACAUGGUGGUGUCAUGUACAUCCAGGUCAUUCCUAUGUUGAGGCAUGGCUUAAUCAUGCUCAAUGGUUGCAUCCUGCCAUAAGUACUGCUCUAAGAGAUGAAAGUCGGCUUAUCAGUGAACGCAUGAAGCACCUAUUGUAUGAGGUUCCAGUCAGGGUUGCUGGAGGCCUUCUGUUUGAACUGUUAGGGCAGUCAGUUGGGGAUCCAUUUCGUGAUGAAGAUGACAUACCAAUUGUGCUUCGCUCUUGGAAAGCUCAAAACUUUUUGAUCACUGCGUUGCACGUCAAAGGUUCUGCAUCAAACAUAAAUGUGCUGGGCAUCACUGAAGUUCAGGAGCUGCUUCUCGCUGGUGGGAGCACAGCCCCCAAAUCAGUUCAUGAAGUCAUUGCGCAUUUAACUAGUCGACUUGCCCGAUGGGAUGAUAGAUUGUUUCGCAAAUAUGUGUUUGGAGCUGCAGAUGAAAUCGAAUUGAAGUUUGUGAAUAGGAGAAGCCACGAAGAUUUGAAUCUGCUGAGCAUAAUACUGAAUCAAGAAAUCAAAAGAUUAGCAACACAGGUCAUCAGAGUUAAAUGGUCAUUACAUGCAAGAGAGGAAAUUGUAUUUGAACUCAUCCAGCACCUGAGGGGAAAUGCCACGAAAGUGCUGUUAGAAGGAACUAAGAAGAAUACAAGAGAAAUGUUGGAGGAGCAGGAAGCAGUCCGUGGCCGGUUAUUUACUAUCCAAGACGUUAUGCAGAGCACUGUCCGUGCAUGGUUGCAGGAUCGAAGUCUUCGAGUUACCCACAAUUUGGCUGUUUUUGGCGGUUGUGGUCUGGUUCUAUCGAUAAUCACUGGUCUCUUUGGUAUCAAUGUGGAUGGAAUACCAGGAGCAGCAAAUACUCCAUAUGCAUUUGGUUUGUUUACGGCGAUUCUUUUCUUCAUAGGCAUCGUCCUGAUUUGUCUCGGCAUGCUUUAUCUCGGACUAAGAAAUCCAAUCACCGAAGAGCGGGUUAAUAUCAGGAAGCUAGAGCUCCAGCAACUAGUUUCUACAUUUCAGCAUGAUGCCGAAACUCAUGCAAAAGUUAGACAAGGUGUAUCAAGGCAUAAUUUACCACCAACCGCUGCAGAUAUGAUUGCAGAAACAGGGUAUGUUCUCAUUCCCUGAUUUUCUAUCAUUUUGCUCAUUCAGGAAUAAUUAGGAUUUUUUUAUUUGUUUUGAAAAGCGAUUUCGUUUGAGGAAAUAUCAAGGAUUUCUCUUAAGUUUAUGGUAAUGAAUUAAUUCAGGUGGAAAGAUUAUUGAGUUCACUGAUAAUUAAUUGUUUUACCUGAAUGAAGAAUACACAGGUAGAGA